AAGGAAUGACGGUGCCAUCUUCCAGCAGGGUACGAUCGUCCCGGAGCAAAUCGUAGAACCAUCCUCCGCCACAAAGGAGCAGCAGRCCGGUUCGGAGCGAGCAAUGGAUCUGGGCCGGUGCCUUGGUUGCGUCGUCCGAAAACGACGUCGAGUUGGCGUAGAAGCGCUCCGGUCCGUACCCCCCUUCCAGCAGGUAUCGCUUUCUGCGCACGGCCGAGUACUUUUGGCGCUGGGUCAGCACGAUGUUCUGGGCGAUGAGGCCGAGAAACUCGGGAUAGGAGUCUCUGUUUUCGCUUGCACCGGACACGUCCGCACCGUAUAYUUGCAGCAUCCGGUAGCACACCGUCAGCUCGUUCCAGACRCAGAGUUCAAUGUACAGGAUCUGAAACACAAAGGCACUCCCGGCCCAGGACUGCAAGGUCAUGCCCCACCAGUCGUAGCCGUCAAAGUCGUCGCGGCUGCGAUCCACCAACGCGGUGAUCCCGAGGACCAGCAGCGGGAUUCCCAAAAACACCACGAGGACCAGCCACUGCCGUCGAUCGGCCUCGGGGCUUCUCCACGUCGCCUUUUUUUUGCCGUUGCCGUUCCGGCUCGGCGAGAACUGCGCUUUUUGCUGGCCGCGGUUGUGGCUCGGCCAGAACUGGGUCGCCUUCAGGAGCGAGGCAUGGUGCGAGCCCAGCCCCCUCCAGCAAUCGACCGUGCAGGCCCAGCUCAUGGCCAUGAGCGACCCGAGCGAGACCAGCAGGAGCGGGCAGGCCAGGAUGCAACCGACGAUGUUCCAGACCGGCGGAUCGGCCGUCCAUGUCGAGGGCGUGUAUGUAGCAACGACGUUCAUGAACAAGAACAGCAGGCACUGGAUGYUGAAGGCACAGAGGGCCGUCAUGACGAAAAACGAUACCAGCGUGCAGACGGUUUUCAGGAGGCCCGUUCCGAAGGUCCCGGUGAACUGGACCCGGGCCUGUACCUGCAGCUGCUUGCUUCCGGCCUUUUUCCCCGGCUUGUCCACCAGGAGCAGCAGCUGCUGGUCCCUCCCUACGUCGUCGAUGACGUGGAGCUGCUUCCUGCCCUGGGCCUUGCCCCGGAAUCGGAGGUCGGUGGAUGCACCGGUCGAGUAGUGGUCACAGAACGAAAAGCCAGAGCCUGGGUUGGCGGAUUUUGGUCCGUUGCUGGUUCGAUAAAUGUGCUUUCGGUUCACUUUCUUUCGGCCCUUCUUCUUGGCAUUCUUUUUUGCACUCGUCUUGGCCUCUUUGGAGCUGCCGUUUUCUCUGGCGUGUUUUUUGGGAAAGGUUUCGGCGUUGGCGUUGSCGUUGCCGUUUGGGGAUUGAGGCGACUCCACCACUUCUCCGGCCAUGUUGACGCUGGCACUGCUGCUGUUGCUAUUGUUGCUACGGCUGCGCGAACGAAUUUUGGAUGGUCUUUCGAAGGUGUGGGUUGCUUUGUGCUCCUUCACGCGGCUUUCCUCCGCCUUGAYGAGUUCCGCUACGGUCACCAUGAUGGACAAGUCCCGCCGUGUUCGGAAUCAGAUUGCUACGGUAUUGUGUUGCGCUUCUUGGUAUUUUAUCUCCCGACCAAUCGAAGGUGGAUCAAACGCGUCGGCCUUUGAUCCAGUAUCUUUGACGAAGGAAAUGGUGCUGCGGUGUUCCGUGCCUUGCAGACGAUGCCUUGCCACAGGAUGCUUUCGCGCUGCAUUACUUGUGACUGUAGUGCUCAGUUCGUAGAAUUGGUUCAUACUAGUUCUGUCAGGACCCAGGUACUGCAUCGGUGAAGUACUCGUACUCUACUAGAAGUACGUAUUUAUCUAACGUGCUGCCUGCCUGCCGGGUGUCAAAUUUGUGUCAUAGCAUCGGUUCGCUCGGACGGCUGGCAUCAUUAUCAUGAAAAUGACCCAAAAUGCCUUCUUUAUGUCUGUUGUUUCUGAAACAAACAAUAAAUCCAAUGAGUCGUACGAGUGCAACGAGUACUGUUUAAGAUUCAUGACGUAGUUCUACUUCUACUAGAAGUACUUCUACUUUACAAUACGUACUCACGGUACAAUAAAGAGUGAGCUUAUUC